CCUGACUUUUCGGUCCCUCUUGCGGAGCGCCAUGAUCUCACACACAUGCGCCACGGUGGCACGUACGCACGUGGGUAGCUGCCCCACUUCCUUUAUUUAUAUGCUCCCCCUCAGAAAAAAGAGGCCGGAGAAAAGAAAGAACAGAGAACUCUUCGAGUUUCCAGCGAGAGAGAGAGAGAGAGAGGCAAGCACUGUCGGCAGCAACAUCAGCCCCUCUUUCUUGCAAAUCUCGAAAAUCCAACGGUGGAGAUUCCACUCCACCCAUCUGACCCACAUCAUGCCGGACCACCACCCCAGCUCCGCUCUCCUCCUCUUCAUCUUCAGCUCCGCCAUCUUCAUCUCCGCCCUGUCUGACCCACAUUGGCUUCCAGCCACCGCCACGUGGUACGGCAGCCCCGACGGAGAUGGCAGUGACGGUGGGGCAUGUGGGUACGGAUCGCUGGUGGACGUACGACCGUUUAAAGCGAGGGUGGGGGCCGUUAGCCCGGUUCUAUUCAAGGACGGAGAAGGUUGUGGGGCCUGCUACAAGGUCAGGUGCUUGGACAGGAGCAUCUGCAGCAGGAGAGCCGUUACCAUUAUCGUUACUGAUGAAUGUCCAGGUGGCUACUGCGCGUCCGGUCGUACGCAUUUCGAUCUAAGUGGGGCCGCUUUUGGACGGAUGGCGAUUGUCGGUGAAGGUGGACCGCUCAGAAACCGAGGCGAGAUCUCGGUCAUCUAUAGACGGACCCCAUGCAAAUACCGGGGAAAGAACGUUGCCUUCCGUGUGAACGAAGGGUCCACUGAAUACUGGCUGUCCAUUCUCGUGGAGUUUGAAGAUGGAGAUGGAGAUAUAGGAUCCAUGCACAUAAAAGCAGCAGGAUCCACUGUAUGGCUAGAUAUGAAGCAUCUAUGGGGUGCAAGCUGGUGUAUUAUUGGUGGGCCACUACAUGGACCCUUUUCAGUGAAACUAACCACAUUGUCCACACAAAGGACUCUUUCUGCCAGAGAUGUUAUCCCAAGGAACUGGUCUCCAAAGGCCACCUACACCUCACGUCUCAACUUCUUCUAAUACAAUAAUACCUUCUCUUCCCUUUUUGGGUCUUUAGUGGUCUAUCAGCCCAUGGCCCAUAAAAAGAAAUGAGAAAAAAGUAGCCGUUGUCUGUGUUUUUUUUUUAAAAAAAGUAACCGUUGGACUGCAAAGGCAGCAUCCAAUGUUCUUUAUGUUAGCUCUGAUGUGAGGUAGCUGUAGGUAGAAUUCUCCACCUUAGGAUAUUAUGCAAACUGUACUCGUGUUCUCUUUUUUUACAAGUGGGGUCCACGGUUUAACGAUCCGGAUCGUUAGUCUGUUUGGGCCUAUCGUGGAUGGUCAAUGCUCAAAAGAUAUUCUAGAUUGGAAGAUUCUAGCCACGGAUUUUGGGCCGUCUCUAUUGAAAGGCUGGGAUUUUCCUAUAGAUGUGAGUUUUGCGGCAAGGAUCAUUUACCAACGGUCUGGAUUACUAAGACAUGGGCUCCACUUGUAUAAUAAUUGAAACCUGAGUAUGAUAUCAUAUCCUCCGGCCGAGCAUUCCAUCUGUCUUCCCUUUAUAUGUAAAUGUUGUAGCCCUCUCCUAAGGAGAGAGAGCGUUCUAGUGUGUAAGUUUGUGGGACCCACUAUUUUAAUGAAUGGGAUUGUCGAGUGGAGAUUUGCUUUA